GAUGCUUAGGUUUAAACAAUGAUUAACAGGAAGCGCUCAUACUCAUCACGUUCCCGUUCCAGGUCAUCAGGAUUCUAUACACCAAGACGAAAAAACCGAUCCAGAUCCAAUGAACGCUCUAAGUUCAGUUCUUCGUUGAAAGAAAGAAAUCGACAGAGGUCACAUUCAAAAAAUCUUGACUACAGUCCUCGACGUUCUUUAAGUCCUGCUGAGCGAAAGUCGAAGUUUUCAAGGCUUAGAAAACCUGAAAUACAAUCAAGUGUUAAUCCAAUCGCGGACUUUCAGACUGAAGGUGUACGAAGCACUACACGUGAUUCACAUUCUCCUAUAUCUUUAACAGAACGUUUCACUCGUCUGACAAAUUCAGGGACGGCUGUAUACAAUAAACGCAGGUAUGGUCGUUUUGGAGAUAACCAUCGUCUUCCACAUCUUAUACUUACCAAUAAUACAAAGCUCCCCCCAGCAACUCUUAUGCGUCAGGCUAAAGAAAUUUCAAUUGUCAUAGAGCGAACAUUUCCUCUUAAUAUGGACUUAUCAACACAUGAAAAACCCGUGACAUUUGAUUUUCGUCAUAGUCACAUUGUAAUCCCACGUCGUCCCAAUGAAGGUUACAAACCUGUUUUUGAUCGUCCUGGAUUAAAGUUUUACAAUACUGAAGCGGAUGAAGUUCAGAUUUACAAACGUUUAUUGGACACGAUUUCCUCCUCAAAUACACGAAGAUCCAAUAAUAUGGACAACAAAAAAGAAAGUGAGUAUCACGACAUAAGUCAUUUUACAGGUCCCGGUCGAUUUUAUGGCAGUCGAGUAGAUGAACGUUUGAUGGAUUCAAAGCGUACUUAUCCGUUGGAUCCUUCAGAAACUCCGAAAGGACAUUCUUAUUAUCUUCAUGAUGAUCGAACAGAUGAUGGGUAUGGUCCGAGGCGCCGAUGGAAUAAUAAAUCCGAUCGUUUAUACUCUUCUAGUUACCAACGUGAUCGUCGAUCUCGCCGCACUUCUCCUUCACCACGAUCAUCUCGUUCUGAAAUUAAACCGAAAAAGUGGCUCCACGACAAAUUUGAAGAGAUGGAAGGGGACAAUAGUUCACAAAAACCGAUCCCAAUGCCUGUUCCUGCUCCCAAACCUAUAUUAUGGUCUACUAUUGGUAAAGAAAUCUUGAAUGGAAAUAAAACUGUUGUAAGUGAUGACCAAAAUUACAGCCCGAAUAGUGCAGCCAAUCAAUCACCGCUAACAGACAACGAAAAUACUACGAAUACACUAGAGACAAAAGUACAAUCAGUUGUGGCCAAUUCAACUGUUCGUAGUAAUGAAAAGGUUUCUACCAAAGAAGAGCAUUUCAACAGUGAAGUUUUCCAUCUAGAUGUUGAUCAUGUAUUUGACGAAGCUAUUGAACGAUGAUCUAUGUCUGAUAUGUACAGUCAGCAUUACAAAUUACGCAUUUUGUUUUGACAAUAAUCACUUCCUGUCUGUUAUAUUGCUUGUAUAUUCAAUUUGUUUAUAUAAGCAACAUAUGUUUGCAUUCUGAAUUUCGUUAUUUUUUUAUACAUAUAUAUAGUUUUCAGAAAAGAUAUUUCAUUUAA